CUCUCCAGCCCGGGGGAGUCUCAAGCGGUUCGCUGUCUCCGAGACUGAGGCGGGGUGUCGCCGCCGGGCACCGGGGGAGGGGCGCUGGCAGCCUGGGCAGAGUCGAAACAAGACACACACCCUUCCAGGCACCAGCCUGCCCCUGAUUCCGGCCAGCCCCACGGCUCUAGAGCCGCACUCUCCUUCUUAAACUGUCCGGCCUCUGCUGUAAAGAUCUAGACAGAUUGGGGCGGGUGGUGUCUGGUCUCUGCUUCUAGCAAUCUGGACCCUCACUUGUUGUAACGGCAGCUGCGGAUUUCACAGAAGUUGGACAAGGAAAAUCAAUCAAGUCUAGUCAAAUUUGAGUUUUACCUCUACCUGGCAGAAUCAGAAUCCGAAGGUGUAUUGAAAGAUUGUUGUGUGAGAUUUCUCUGAAGCCGCCAAGAUGGUGUUAGCGGACCUUGGAAGAAAAAUAACCUCAGCAUUGCGCUCGCUGAGUAAUGCUACAAUCAUCAAUGAAGAGGUUUUAAAUGCUAUGUUAAAAGAAGUAUGUACAGCGCUACUGGAAGCUGAUGUUAACAUUAAAUUAGUGAAGCAGCUGAGAGAAAAUGUCAAAUCUGCUAUAGAUCUUGAAGAGAUGGCAUCUGGUCUUAACAAAAGGAAAAUGAUUCAGCACGCUGUCUUUAAAGAACUUGUCAAGCUUGUAGAUCCUGGAGUCAAAGCCUGGACACCAACUAAAGGAAAACAGAACAUUAUAAUGUUUGUUGGGCUGCAGGGAAGUGGUAAAACCACAACAUGUUCAAAGUUAGCCUACUAUUACCAGAGGAAAGGUUGGAAGACAUGUUUGAUAUGUGCAGACACAUACAGAGCAGGUGCUUUUGACCAGCUAAAACAGAAUGCAACAAAAGCAAGAAUUCCAUUUUAUGGGAGUUACACAGAAAUGGAUCCUGUGAUUAUUGCCUCAGAAGGUGUUGAGAAAUUUAAGAAUGAAAACUUUGAGAUAAUCAUUGUUGAUACAAGUGGGCGUCACAAACAGGAAGAUUCUUUGUUUGAAGAAAUGUUACAAGUUGCCAAUGCUAUACAACCAGAUAACAUUGUUUACGUUAUGGAUGCCUCCAUUGGUCAAGCUUGUGAAGCUCAGGCAAAGGCUUUCAAAGAUAAAGUAGAUGUAGCCUCUGUUAUUGUGACAAAACUUGAUGGCCAUGCAAAAGGCGGUGGCGCUCUCAGUGCAGUUGCUGCCACAAAAAGUCCUAUUAUUUUUAUUGGUACUGGAGAGCACAUAGAUGACUUUGAACCAUUCAAAACACAGCCUUUCAUCAGCAAACUCCUUGGCAUGGGUGAUAUUGAAGGAUUGAUAGAUAAAGUAAAUGAAUUAAAGUUGGAUGAUAACGAGGCACUCAUAGAGAAGCUGAAACACGGUCAGUUUACGCUGAGAGAUAUGUAUGAACAAUUCCAAAACAUCAUGAAAAUGGGACCCUUCAGUCAGAUCUUGGGUAUGAUCCCUGGUUUUGGAACAGAUUUUAUGAGUAAAGGCAACGAACAGGAAUCAAUGGCAAGGCUAAAGAAAUUGAUGACUAUAAUGGACAGUAUGAACGAUCAAGAACUAGAUAGUACAGAUGGUGCAAAGGUUUUCAGUAAACAACCAGGAAGAAUCCAAAGAGUAGCAAGAGGUUCCGGUGUUUCUACCAGAGAUGUUCAGGAGCUCUUGACACAGUACACAAAGUUUGCACAGAUGGUGAAAAAGAUGGGAGGCAUCAAGGGACUUUUCAAAGGAGGUGACAUGUCAAAGAAUGUAAAUCCAUCUCAAAUGGCAAAACUGAACCAACAGAUGGCAAAGAUGAUGGAUCCGAGAGUUCUUCAUCACAUGGGUGGCAUGGCAGGAUUGCAGUCAAUGAUGAGACAGUUUCAACAGGGUGCUGCUGGAAACAUGAAAGGCAUGAUGGGAUUCAAUAAUAUGUAAAGAAGCCUUAAUAAAAACUGACUUGGCUGAGGACAUUUGCUGCGACUUCGGUAAAAGGAUUUGAUUUCUUCCUAUUUACAGUGAAAGAAGAGUGUCGAUGGGGGUGGAGGAAGUGACCUUUUUGAAACUUCUAUUUGGGCUUCUCAAGAAGAUUCUAAAUUGAUUUCUGGAAAACAGUUAUAUUUUUGCCUAGCUCCUUCCCAUUAAAAGAAGUUCUUUAAGUUUAAUAAGUAAAAAUCAUGAUGUAAAAUUUUAAUAUGUAGAGACACUUUUUAAUUGUUUGCAUUAAAUGGCAGCCAUUAUAUUUGUAAACAAUCCAGAUAUUUGGUUAAUAGUAACAUAAAAUGUCCCAAUAAAUAUGUUGUAAAAUAAACGUAAAUGGUUGUAAAUGA